AUGUGCGUGAGCGCCGCUGGCGCCGCUGCCGCCGCGCCAGCUGGCCCCUUGGAGGCCUGGCAGGUGUUGCUGUUCUGGCGGUUCCUGCUGGGCGUGGGCAUCGGCGGGGAGUACCCGCUGAGCGGCGCGGUGACCGCGGAGCACGCCUCUGCAGAGAGCUCGGCCUGGCAGAUGGCGGGGCUGAACCUGUGCUUCCUGCUGGGCCAGGUGCUGGCGCCCCUGGUGGUGCUGGCCUGCUUCUACGCCGGGGUCUCGGACCAGGCGACGUGGCGGGCCGGCGUGGGAGGCGGCGCGGUCCUGGCCCUGCUCGGGGCCCUGCUCCGGGGCGCCACGAUGUUCGGUGGCAAGUCCUGGGCCGAGUCGCGCGAGGGCACCCUUUGGAACGUUCUGAAGAUCGUUGCGCUGUCGGCUCCCGGCUACUUCUUCACCUUUUGCAUCGGCCGUUUUGGCCGCCGCUGUUUUCAGUGCGUGGGGUUCACUGUGAUGGGGAUCGCAUUCUUUCUCAUGAGUUUUCUUUACGGCCGUGGUGUUGGCGGGCUCGAGGUGAUCAUCUUCGGGGUUCAGAAGAGCUUCGACGCGAUGGGCCCUGGAGCCACAACCUUCAUCAUUCCGGCCGAGAUUUUUCCGACUGUGAUCCGGGCCUCUUGCCACGGGUUGUCCGCAGCCUCUGGGAAGGUGGGCGCUUUCGUGGGCACCCUCUUUUUGCCUCCAGUGCAGGAUGCUGUAGGCUUCCAGAUGGUCCUCGCUGGAUGCGGCUUGUUGUGUCUGCUGGGACUGCUCUUGACCUUCGUUCUGACGCCCCCGUACGACGCAGAGACGCUAAGGGUCUUGGCAGAGACCGCCAAGACGGAUCCAGGCGGCACGACGAGGAUAUUGUGGUCUCGCCGCAGAGGCACCCUGUCAGAUUCGGCCAGCGUGCGUAACGUGGGGUGA